AUGCCCGAUAACUCGAAAUUGUUCCAUCAAUGCACCGCGCCCACAGUGCCGCCGCUGAUGCAUCUGCACUCAUAUCCAAAAAAGCAAUGCUCACCACCUGUCACUGAGUCUCUGACGCUGCCCGGCAGCAAGCCACACAGCGUGCAGCUCGUCGGCGCAGCAGAGCCGUCGAGUCAGCUCAGCAGCCAGCUCCCACACAUAUCCCACACGUCCAAUUCGUCUAGCAUUCCACGGCGCGACGACGGACAGCAGCCGGGUGGGUCGCUGGACGGGCUAGGCAUUUCCAUUUCCAUGUCGAGGCCGCCGCCAUGGAUCGGGAUGGCGUCGCUGACUGGGGGAUCGACAAAUGACAUUUGGGUGCCAUGCCCUCACCUCUUCAAGUACGACGGCCGGGCCUAG